AACUCGAAGAAUGUCAGAAAUGGCGAAAUGAAGGGAUCAUCUAUGAACGGAAAAAAAAGGGAUCAUCUAUGAACGGAAACAAAUCUGAGUUUACCGUUGGAUUUGGUGGGGUGUAGAAAAACAAUGAAGGUUCUAGCUAAUGGUUGAGCAUGUACACGUGUCGAUUCCUCAGAUGCUCUGCCUUUUCGCAAUUCUGCAUAUAAAAAAAGAGCGCGUUUGUAGUUUUCUUGCCAAGACGUAGAAGUAUCCGGUGUUUCUAGGGUUUUCUCGCUUUCUCUCGGAUUUACUCAGAGAUAAAGGAAGGAUUCGACAUGGCCAAUCCAUUCGAUAGAUUCAGGAGCUCUGGUGGGUUCGGAGCAGCUAGGCGUAGUUUGUUUGGAGGACAUGACCCAUUUGAUGACCCCUUCUUUUCUCGGCCAUUUGAGGAUUUGCUCGAGCUCAACUCCUCCAGUUCAGGUGCACUCAGUAUUGCAGAAAAGAACACUGGUGGAAAGGGAGUAACAAUUGAAGAACUGUUAUCUGAUGAAGAAGCAGAUGAUGGCAAAGAUACCGGGAAUGAGGAGCAUUCUGAUUCAGGGAAACAGCCUUCUGUUGAACACCCAGAAGAUGAUGCUGAUGAAGAAAUGAAGAUUCAGGAUAUGAACCAAAGGAGCGACUUCAAUAGAACAGAUGGUACACGGUCCAAAGCUCACACACUCAGAUACCACACCUGUAAGGUCAUGUACGGUGGUGUAGAUGGUACCUACUAUACUUCAACUCGAACUAGAAGAGCAGAUAAUGAUGGAACGGUGAUUGAGGAAAGCAAAGAAGCAGAUAAGGCAACAGGUGAAGCAGAACAUAGAAUCUCCAGAGGAAUCCAUGACAAGGGUCGCUCAGUUACAAGGAGGCUUAACUCCGAUGGUAGAGUGGACACGACACAAACCCUCCACAACCUGAACGAAGAUGAGCUGAGUGGAUUUGAAGAAGCAUGGAAAGACAAUUUCAGAGGCCAUUUCCCUGGCUGGACCGACGAAUUCAGCGCAGGUUCCGACCGAGAGAGAGGGUGGCUGCUUCCGUAUAUGGACGAAAGAAGAGCCGGUCCGAGUCCCUCUGGUUCAGGAGCCAAGAAGGUAGUUCGGAUCAACAUAGAUUGAGUAUUUUCACUUUGUUGCUUGUCGAAACAUUAAGAACAGGAUACGGACUUCGCAUCUUUCCACUGUGAAGAGACAAAGUUAUUACGGGCAUAAAACCAAAAAAAAAAAAAAAGUUAUUACGGGCAUGCAUUGUAAUGAAAUAAAAGCGGGCAACCUAUAUGUGUAUUUGCGUGUUCGAAUAUUAGAAACGA